AUGCUUGAGUUCCAGUUCAUCCUUGGCUUGCAGACUUUAAAAGUUAUCUUUUCCAACACAACUGCCCUGGCUAGAUACCUGCAGGGUCAUGAUGUUGACGUGAUGACUGCAAAGAUCACUUAUGAUGAUACACUAGAAACCCUCAAAAAGUACAGGGAAGAAGAUAUGUUUUCUCUCAUUUGGGAAAAAGCCAGAAAAACUGCAACUAACAUGAUUGAAAUUGCAUCAGACAUUGAAGAGAUAGAAACUAAAAAGCGCCAAAAGAAACCAUCCAAGAGGCUGCAAGCACUCUCAGUAGUAACUCCUGAAGAACCCAUCUCCUUUACAGACCAUCAAAGAGCCAGAAUUUCUUACUAUGAUGCCUUAGACAGAGUUCUCACUGAAAUGAGAGAGAGAUUUGCAAGCAGGGAUACACAUAUCCUGACAUCCCUGGCAAAAAUUAUAUUAGGGAACGCAGUAAAGGAUGAUUUCAAGGCAGUGUCUGAAUUCUACAAUGUGGACCAAGACAUCCUAAUGGCUGAAACUGCCAUUUUUCACAACCUGGAAGACGUGGAUUUCAGUACUGCAAAUAAAGUGAUAAGGUAUCUUUACUUGAAUUCUGUGUGUGCUUUACCGCACUUCAGUGAGAUGGCAAAAACCCUGGCAACCUUACCCGCAACAUCUUGUUCGGCAGAGAGGUCAUUCUCGUGCUUGAGAAGACUCAAGACUUACCUUAGAUCUAUAUGGGACAGGAUUGGGUCUCAGCAUUAG